AUAACACACACACACACACACACAGCCUCACAGAUACACAUACACACACACACACACAGACCAACAGGAGAGAAGAGGAGGAAAGAGGAACCAUACACAUCAUGUCGAUGUCAAUAGCGCAGGUGCACGCUGCUCUUGCAGAGGUGAUGAAGUAUGCAAAGGAGGACGUUCACUACGACAAUGACUGCGAGUUCUCUUUGCUUGAGGACAGGGUGCCGAGGUGCUUCAUUGUCAGUGUGGAUAUGAGAUCCACGAUGAUGGCAAACGACGAGGGGUGUGUCAAAGCACAAACACUGUUGCAACGCUUCAGAGAGUCACCACAUGUACAUGUGGACAACAACGUGGAAGACCGUGCAUGUAGUCUGAAAGGAGUAGUUCAGUGGAUGUGCAGCGAAGGGAUGUGCGAAGAAGGGGACGUGGACAUAACAAUGUUGCAGAAAGAGGGGAGAUAUACACCUGCGAAUUUCAAGAAGUUGCUGGGCACUUUCGCUAAGAAUUCGAAAAUGGUUGUUGAUGGGUCGAAGGGCGAGUUGAAGACCGGUGCAGCGAAAAUUUUGGUGUUAUCCAGAAUGAAGGACAUAAUACAAACACCUCCAGAAGACGUUCAAGAUGUUCCUAUCAUAGUCGCAGAUGGUGUCGAAUAUGUUGUGGUGGAUCAACUUGUGGACUUCAUGAAAAAGAGCCCCGACGACAAGAACGUCAUCCAUGAGGCGUUGCAUGAAGUCACAGAGUUGACACUGCAAGGUCAAGAGCUAAUUGAAUAUAUGUCGGCAAGAAAGGAAGACAAUAUGAUAUGUGGCACAUCGUUGUGGGAGGGUAUAUUAUAUGCUGCCUUGGAGCAGCUCGGCCAUGCCGCCGUUGUACCUCCCGUGCAGACAACAACGACAAAGAGGAUAGAGGAAGAAGAUAUGUUCAAUGUCUUCACAAUGGGUGAACAACAACGUGAUCAUGGAUUCCAAGAGCCCGAGUUACCAAGUUGUAUUGCAGAGUACACAGGAAAUGCAGAAGAAGAAGAUGAAGAAGAGGAUGACGGGGCAUCAUCUUCUGAGGUGGAAGUGAGUGGCAGCGAUGUCAGCAGCGAUGAGGAAGAAGAGGAACGUGAUGUGUACUAUGAUUUGAAGGGGGCUGGUGGACAAGUGACAAAAGAGUGGGCACAUGCAAUUCUGAGGUUGACACGUGCUUUUCCCGAUUUGCAAAAAGUGCUGCAUGUUGUGAUGAAGGGGGCAACACCUGAUGGCGCACUGCAGUAUGCCGCAGUGACCAGCAUUAUGAAAUCAUGCAACAAGGGAAAAAAGUGGUCACGUCUUGGCAAGGGAUGGCUUGUUCUGGUGAACAGAGAGGCUGUGAUAGCGACAUCACUGACAUGGGGAGUCAACCUGAGUUGCCUCAUCCACGACGCACUGGCGACUGCUUGUGGAGAGACAUUGCAUCCCGGCUUGUCAACAGGAGACACAAUAGUUAGUGCAGUGAAUCUCAUCAGUGAUGAGAGUGAGGACGUCGGGGCUCCCGACAAUGUUGAGGCGGAGGGCGGGACAUUUGAAGAACAACAACUGCCACCUGUAGAGUAUUUCAACAGCUCUCGCAAGCUAGCGACACUGAUUUUCUCUGCCAGGGGCGGUGUCGGUAUGUCGCAGAAUGACAUCGAUGCUCUCUUGUCACUUCUCACACAUCCGAGAUUCAACACGAGAGACAUCGCAUAUCGUAAUAGUCGAGAGUGUUUGACAUGGGCAGGGAGUCUAGCAGAGGCUGCUGGAUGGCAAGAGCUUGAUCUACGAUGUGAUGAUUGACCACUAGAUGCGCACGCCAUCUUGUAGCACCGCGACUGGCGAAAGACAUUUCUGUUUAUUUUGCAAAUCGCAUUACAGAAAUGU